CUAUCGUUCACAAAACAAAUACGUGUUAAAAGUAUAUCUGAAGCUCAGAAGAUAUGUCCAUGCUGCCUGAAUAAUACGACAAGUAGAUCAGAGUAGCCGGCCAUAUUUCCCAGCUGUGAUUGGUUGAGCGAUGUAAGGGGCGGUGUGUGUUUGUGUCUGCUGUCACACAGACGCACUGUAAGCGAAGGUGGACCUGAGCAGGAAUAAUAACCAUUUAUUACACCUAAAGAAUCCAAUAGCGGAGAAUGGAUUUUAGUUUACGUGAUGGUGCUCCUAAGUCAGUUCAAGACAGCUUGCUGAAGAAAGACUUCUUGGCUGGCCCAGAGGCAAGAAGCUUUACCAGCAAAGUUGGUGACACUGUGGAUAACAUGGAUGGCAAGAGGGAAGGGUUCAUUUCUGGAAACCAAACUGGGGGCCAGUGCCCCAGUGGACCUGAAAAACAAACCUGCAACCCAAGCCUUUCAGGGUUCUCCCAACCAGGAAUGAAUGUGAGUGCUGAUGUCACCAUGGGUGUGGCCCCUUUCCAGUCCUCUAAACAUCCCAACUUGGUGGAACCUCAGAAGGCAUCUACUCUGUAUGCUAUGGAACCUCCCAAACAAUUCCAGGCACCCAGUAAACCCUCUGACAGAAGCCCUUAUAACUCCUUGGACAACUCUGCAGAAGUAAGGGGAUACCCUUGGCCAGGUGAGGACACGCUGUCCACAGAGUUGUCCCAUUCCCCCAGCAAAGCAGAGCAGAGUCCCUCUGGGCCUUUGGGUUUCCAAGGAUUGCAGGAUCGACAUGCAACAUCAGAGGGAGACACAGAAUAUGAAAGCAGGGAAGAGGUCUGUGGUCUCUUGGAAAGCCUCCGAUCUCCUGAGAAAACCCCAGUGAGAAGCUCCAGCCAGGGAGGCUCUUCUCUCCCUAGUCAGGGGGAGAGCUGGAAAAGUGAGAUUCGAGAGUGGGGUGGAGGACGGAUCCAAGCCAGGAAAAAUAAAAGCAGAAAAAAGCUCCCUGAGGAGUGGUCCACCCUGCCAAAUACCAGUAGUCCCUCUCCUCCACCUGACUCAAGUCCAGCAAUGGUCAAAGAUAUGAACAUUUCCACCCCUGAUAUGUAUGAAAUCGAAGCCUCUUCUACCAUUAGUGCUGAGCAAGACAGUGCAUCUUCUUUAACACCGGAUACUGUACUUCUCAAAACCACACUUCACUCAGUCACGCCGGCAGCAGCAAGUCAGGGAAAUGCCACAUCGUUGUCCAACAUCCCUGAACCAUCUCAGAGCAGCCCAGUGGUAGCUGUCUCCUCACAUACAUCCCCUGAACUCACCUCUGUCCUCGCAGCUCCUGCACAUCCAACUCCUAACUUUCAGGCCAGCAUUCCAGACACAACAAUCUUCCAGAACUUUCAAGCUGUGAGUGGCCCCUCUCGUCCAUUCACACAUAACAUUGUAGUAGGCAAAAAUGCUGCAGAUCCAGUUUCCCCCACUUCACUUACAAAGCACCAGGAGGCACUGCUGACAAAGUCCCCCCAACUGAAAGUGAAAGAAGACCAAACUGCCCAAGAAGAGAAAGAGAAGACAGACACUCCUAAUGUGGACAAUAUGAACACAUUUCAGAAAGAAGACAAGCCUGAAAAGAUAGAGAAGACUGAUAUAAAGGAAACGGACAUUCUAAACAAAAUCCAAGAGGCUGAGAAACAGAACAAUAAAAUUAAGAAUAACGGGAAAGCUGAAAAAGAGGACAGGGUUGACAAGUCAAACAAGGAGAAGAAGAACAGCAGUGAAAAAGUAGACAAGGCUAUCAAAAAUGAAAAGAAUGUGAAGGCUGGAAAAGGGACUAUCAAACAUACUUCAGCUAAUGGAAGUAAAGAGCUGAUCAACCCUGAGGACAAAGUUAAGCCAAACAAACAAAAUUCAGCAGGACCCAACUCACAGACCCCUAGAGGAAAUUCUGGUGCCACCAUGUCCAAUUCCACCAGUAAGAAAGGCUCUGUGCCCAAGACAACACCUGCCACUGGCACCAAGAAACCUUCUGGCAUUUCUGCCCAAGCAGCUUUGACUUCACAGAAAGAAGCCCCAGCACAGCGGAAGCCUCCGGUGCCGAGGGCUAAUGGGGCACCUGCUCCUGGCACAGGAGCUCCAAAGCGCAGCUACAGAACCAAGAACAGCACCAAGCCUGCCUAUAUCUCCUCUCUUAAGACCUCACAGAGGAGGACCCCUACCUCCUCCUCCACAAAUGCAGCCAGUACACCAGCCACCCCAGCCAGGAACGGCACUCCAACCCCUCGGCACUCUCGCAUCACCAAGCCACCUGUCCCCAAGCAGGUCCCACUGCCUAGGAAGCCCCCUGUACCUCGACCCCCCCGCAACACCCGACUGGGCAGCACACCCAUGCCCGACCUAAAGAACAUCUCGUCCAAGAUCGGCUCCACAGACAACAUGAAGUACCAGCCUGGUGGAGGCAAGGUGCAGAUUGUCCACAAAAAGCUGGACUUUAGCCAUGUCACUUCCCGCUGUGGCUCCAAGGACAACAUCAAGCAUACUCCAGGAGGAGGGAAUGUCCAGAUUCUGAACAAAAAGGUUGAUGUGAGUAAGGUGACCUCCAAGUGUGGCUCCAAGGACAAUAUCAAGCAUAAGCCAAGUGGUGGUGAUGUAAAGACUGUGUCUGAUGAGAUGAACUCCAAGGACAAACCAGGAUCUCCAGAUAGUGUGGGGGAUGGGCAAGGUGACCACAUGAAGACUGCAGAGGAUAAGCAGAUGCAUGAGAGAAGUCCACCUGUUGCUGCUGUCACCACAACCUUUCAUGGGGCCAACCAUGGGUCAAAGGAGAAUGGGUUAAAGGAGGGCCCUUCUCCUCCCCUGUCUAUUCACUAUGGGGGAGUAGGGCUAUGGAACUCCGAGGGCCUGGACAAGUGCAUCUCUGGGACAAAUUGAUUCGUACAAGCUGAGCUUCCAAGAGGCUGCCUAAGCUUGCCCGCGCCGUGGCACCAAUAUCAUCUCCUGGUCUCCCCCUGAGUGGCAGCCACCUCCCACCCGCAUUGCAGCACCUCUCAGGGUGUUUCUCUGGGGUCUGCACCCACCUCGUCUCAGUCUAGCCUGUAGCAUCUAGUCAAAAGAGAAUAGGCUCAAACCAGUAAACUAGCAGCACCCAAGCUGACCCUUUAUAACUUACCUUUAUGUCAGCAUUGUCAGUAGCACUUUUCCUCUGGUCACAUCUUCUCUGUUUCCUCAGAUGCACACAGACUGGCUCUCAAGGCAAAGCUUUGAAAGUUUGGUGGUCUCAUUUCAGACAGACCAAGCUUGGUUUCCAAGUUGAAUUGUCCGGAUGUUUAAAGUUGGUUGAUAGCCUCAUAUAUUCAUCCAGAAAUGUGCAAACCUUCACUUGCUUCUAAGUUCCCUGUGUGAGUGACUUGCUUUUCAAGUUCUCUGUGAUGAACUAUGGGGGACAAUCAGCUGACUUCAACGCCAAGAAGCAUCGGUGAUAGAGAUGAAGUUUGAAACAUAGAAUGAUCACUGAUUCGAAAGAUAUUUUGCAAUGCUUUACUUAGCAAUACUCACAUGCCUAAACAAUAUGAAAUGACAAAAAUUUAAAUAAAGGUUUCAGGAUGUUUAUUUGAGGCUAAUUGGUUGAAUAUUGAAUGGAAACCACUGAGCAGGGAUAAGUGUAUGCAGUCAGUGAAGAACGCAAAUCACCCUGCAUCUUCUACUGCCACUAAGAAGACAAUGUUUGAUAUUUCAGCACUAUACAAUAUUGGUCCAGCAUUGUAGUAAGUAAAUAUUGUCCUGCCUUUCAGCAGUAGAUGUUCCACAGGGAACCUCUGAGCUCAGUUGUGUUGUAGUUUUUUAAAUCCUUUUGGCAGUCAGUAAACACCCUAUAUACAUUCAUAUGGGACUGUCUAACCCACCUAAAAUGAACAAAUAUUAUUAAUCCAACUUACCUAUCUUCCUUCCUUACAUAGAACAAUCAUCAUUCCACCUCCAAACUGCCCCUAUUAAUCACUUGUAUGAUGUUUGAAUAAUAUAAAUUUGCACUGUAAUGUGUUUGAAUAGAUUUUUGUAACAAUG